UGUUCAGUUGCAGCAGAACCUUCGGACCGUGGGUUCAUCAGAACCGGACCUCACAUCGGGACGUGCUCGUGGUGUUUGUGUGCGCGUGACAAACAGGUUGCACCUGGACACACCUGAGAGCAGAACAAGGAAGUGCUGUUGUUGUUUUUUUUUUUUUCACUCCUCUGAGCUCUGAGGACGGUCGGUUCGACCCACACCGAACAGAACCUUUUGUUUUUGACCGGAUCCAGGAUGAAGCUCGUGGUUUUCGUGUUCCUGGCAGGUCUCGCGGGCCUGGCUGCUGCUCAGUGUACCUGUCCGACCAUGAAGUGGGCCCGCUGUGAAUCUGGUCCCACCGGGUCGUGUGCCUGCUCCGUUYCAGUUGAUUCCAAUUCUUCACUUGUUCUGGACUGCACCAAGCUGAUCCCGAAGUGCUUCCUGAUGAAGGCUGAGAUGUACCGGGCUCGGAACAACCUGGGCACCCGCUCCAUCGGGGGGAAACCCGUGGAGACGGCGUUCGUGGACAACGACGGGAUCUACGACCCGAUCUGUGAGAACAAUGGAAAGUUCAAGGCCCGGCAGAACAACGGAACCCAGGAGUACUGGUGCGUGAACAGCGCCGGGGUCCGCAGGACCGACAAGGGGGACUCGAGCCUGAAGUGUGACGAGUUGGUGGAGACUUACUGGAUUCGUCUUCAGCUGACCCACAAAGCCGUGAACACGAAGGUGGACGAGGCCUCGCUCAAAACCGCCAUCGGUACCGCCAUCCAGCAACGCUACAGCUUCYACAAGAACCUGGUGCAGGACAUCAAGUACGACCCCGAUGCCAGGCUGAUCGUGGUGGACGUGAAGAAACCAGAGACGGAUACGACCACCAACCUGGCCAACAUGGCCUACUACAUGGAGAAAGAUAUCAAAGUCCUGCCCCUGUUCCUGAACCAGGAGACCUUUUCUCCCCAAAUCAGCGGUCAGAACCUAACCAUGGAGAAGAUCCUGGUGUACUACGUGGACGCCAAGCCCCCCACCUUCACCAUGAGGUACCUGUCAGGUGGAAUCAUCGCCGUCAUCGUGGUGGUGGUGCUGGCCGUGGUCAUCGGCCUGCUGGCCCUGUUCCUUUACGGCCGCCGCCGGAGGCAGAGAUACAGCAAAACUCAACAGAGAGAAAUGGAGCAGAUGUAAGAGGCGUCGUGGAAGGAAAGACCAUCUUUGUUUUGGAGGGAAGAACGGUGGAUGUUGUCUCUGUUUUUAAUUUAUAGACGUUUCCUCCAUCCUGUAUAUUCUCUGUUCCUCAUGUGAAACAUUUAGAAACUCUAAAAUCAUCUUUGUACAUUUUUAAUAAAGUUUUUGUUUUUAGA